AUGGCUGCCAACUUCAGCGACCCUAACCACAGAGGCACCACAUUCCCGACUUUCCUCGACAACGAUCCCUACCCGACCUCACAGGAUGGUCGGCCACUCUCAGCCUCGUCGACCAACACGUCAGAGUUCAUCGCGAGCCAGAGCCGCGAAGACAUCCCCUCGAGCACAGGUCCCGUAGGCGAGCCACCUCCUUCGCGACCAACGAGCGGCGUCACAUCGAACGAUCCCAGCUAUGGUCGGGGAGGCUCACGUGCAUCAUGGGCGUCACCACCUAUGACACCUUCCUCGAGAAGAGGCUUCACGGCCUUCCACCCGAAACGAGAGGACAUGGGGAGCAGGCAGAGUAGCAGACCGGGCUCAGCCGUGGGGUCGACACAUGUUCCAAGUCUCAUUUCGCAGGGCUUCAGUCGGCCUAUGAGUCCACAGAUGCUACAGGCGCAAAGAGGUCAGACUAUCAUGAAUCGGACUGGCUCGGCGUCUGGACUACGGCAGAACGCAUUUCAUCAAGCGCAGAACAGUGUCGCAGAAGAGCAGGAGAUACCAGAUCGCAGACAUCGCUACAGCAAUGCUUCAGUGAAAACACAGCAGGAGACAGAGCAGCCCACAAGAGAUGGUACAGCCUCGCCUCCACCUCUACCAGCUAGUAGGGGCUUCUCGAUCACCAGUUCGAGUAAUGGGCAUGGCCUGCAGAGCGCUGCUGGCCCGGGCAGUGUCACCACGAAUAAUAGUAUUGCUCCGCUCAACACACGGUUACAACAAGAUCAGCAAAAGGCUGUUCCACCAACACCGAAAUCACCGCUUUCUUUCCGUGCGUCGCUCGGUCUCAAUUCGAGACAUUCCAGCAGACGAGACACGCACGACCGCAAGCCAUCAAGAUCACACGAAAAGCUGCACUCUAAUCCAAGUUCUCCGCUCAACACAACGAACGAGAAAUCAAUGUCUAAUAUGGCGGGAAACACGAAGGGCACUGGAAACUAUGCGGGCAAGAACUACGAAUACUUUGCUGGAAACAUGCUCUUCUUCUUGUCUGGAAGAUGUCUGAACACGAAAGCGCAGCCCCUCAACAUCGCCACCUUCAUCUUGACGGUACUCCCUGCGGCACUGUUCUUCGCCUUCAGCGCACCUUGGUUAUGGAUGAACCUAUCACCAGCCAUUCCGAUUGUGUUCGCCUACGUCUUCUUCGUGACGAUGUCAUCCUUCUUGCACGCAGCGUUCUCGGACCCUGGCAUUCUUCCACGAAAUUUACAUCCGCAUCCACCGAAUGCAGACGAAGAUAAGGACCCUCUGACUGUCGGUCCUCCGACCACCGAGUGGGUGCUGGUCAAGACAUUCCCCGGUCGAAAGCAACCUUCGCCUCAAGCGGAUGCCGAGAAUGGAUCUGUAAAUCAAGGCUCAACAGCGAUGGAAGUACCCACCAAGUACUGUAAGUCAUGCAACAUCUGGCGACCUCCACGCGCCCAUCACUGCCGCACCUGCGACGCCUGCAUCGAAUCUCAAGACCACCACUGCGUCUGGCUCAACAACUGCGUCGGUCGUCGCAACUAUCGCUUCUUCUUCGGCUUCGUGGGCUUCGCAAGUCUCAUGGCCUUCCUCCUCCUCGCCUUCAGCCUGGUCCACAUCGGCUACUACGCCCAGCAAAACGACCUAUCCUUCGGCACAGCACUAGGCGGACGGAUUCAGGAGCGCAUCGCAUUCGCGAUGUUCAUAUAUAGUAUUCUGGCUCUACCCUACCCUGGUUCGCUGUUUGUGUACCAUCUGUUCCUCGUUGGGAGGGGAGAAACGACGCGCGAGUAUCUGAACAGCCACAAGUUCCUGCCCAAAGAUCGUCAUCGACCGUUCUCGCAGGCGAGUCUCUUGAGGAACUGGAUGGCCGUACUCUUCAGGCCGAGAAGUCCGAGCUACAUGAGCUUCAAGCGUCCUUACCAAGAAGGCGACACCCGACUCGGCUACACAAUGACGAAGCAACAGAGGAUCGAGAAAGCAAAGGAAGACUCGAAGCGGUAUAGCAUACAAGGUGCCGAGAAGAAGGCUACGCAACCAGAUAGUGGGAUCGAGAUGAGCAAACUUUCAUCGAGAGGCUUGUCGACACGGGAAGGAGAUGGGUCUACCACGGUCUAG